GUCUUCCCCAGCUGCAACGGCACGCCCCCCUUCUCCUCCUCUUCUCCGGCGCCGCCCCGUCUUGCUCCACUCCCAUGGCGUCGCUCGCCAUCACGGCCUUGCACUCGGUAGGCAGCAAGGUCACUGGAGCCACGAUCACGAAGCCCUGGAAGCCCGCUAGCCAAUGCGCUUGUGUGUCUGGUGGCCAUGGAGCGGAGCUACAGAUUCUGACCGCCGAGGCUGAGGAGAUGGCGGUGAGCGAGGCGCCAAGGUUCAGGUGGGACGUGUUCGGGUCCGACUUGUCCGAUUCACAGGAGCGGGCGAUUCGGGGCCUGUCUCCGAAGCUGCCCAAUCGCUGCAAGGCCCUGAUGACGCGCGUGGUGUGCCUGUCCCCCGGGGAUGAGAACCUUGGUGCCUUACUCGCGUACUGGGUGAAGGCGAUGAAGCCCAAGAGGGCGGACUGGUUGCUGGUCCUCAAGGAGCUGAAGGCAAUGGAGAGCCCGCUGCUCGCUGAGGUAUUGGAGUAUGCGUUGCUGGAGGAUUCUUUUGAAGCAAAUGUUCGCGACUACACCAAGUUGAUCCACAUUUAUGGCAAGCAGAAGCUGCUGCAGAAAGCUGAGGAUGCAUUUCAUGACAUGAAAGGCAGAGGCUUCCCUUGUGAUCAGGUUAUGUUGACUGCACUGAUGGACAUGUACAGUAAGGCUGGAGAUCUCACCCGAGCGAAGGAGAUUUUCAAAGAAAUUAUCUUGCUUGGCCUCCCUCUGGACAAGCGCGCAUACGGCUCAAUGAUCAUGGCUUAUAUCAGGGCUGCCAUGCUCGACAAAGCAGAAGAUAUAAUCAAAGCAAUGGAGGAUCAGCAGAUACUCGCGGGAAAGGAAGUUUACAAGGCAUUGCUGAGAGCCUAUUCAUACAAAGGCGAUUCAGAUGGGGCACAACGGAUUUUCAAUGCCAUACAAUUUGCAGGGGUAGUGCCUGACACAAAGCUCUGCGCCCUCUUGGUGAAUGCUUACUGUCUCUCCAAUCGAAUCAAUGAAGCUGUUUGUGUGAUCCGAAACAUGAGAACAGCAGGGUUGACACCUUGUGACAGAUGCAUUGCCUUGGUCCUGGGUGCUUAUGAGAAGGCGAACAUGUUGGAAACAGCAAUGGGAUUUUUGACAGAGCUUGAAGAAAAUGGCGUUGUAAUUGGUCAAGAGCCUUCUCAGUUGCUUGCUGGGUGGUUCAGAAGGCUUGGGGUAGUUCAUGAAGUCGAACAGGUUCUGAAGGACCUCUCAUAAGACAUGAAAAGUAAGCAAAUGAUUGCAGUACCACUGGAAUAGAGUGUAGAACUCUUAAGAGAACUUGUGCCAGCUGUUUUUUUUUGGAACCACUGAUAAAGUUGUCUGGAAUCAAUUACCCA